UUAUUAAUUGGCAUCUAGAUGACUGGGACACUGUAGAACUAAUCACAGCCCCAACAAACAGUUGCGUUUUACAUUUCAGUGCUUGAGAUGAAUUCAUCUGUUCGAUGGUUUGUGAUUCUAAUAGUUUGUCCAUUAAUAAAAUGUGUUCUACCGACAUCUAAUGACAAUUUGUUUCAAAUUGACGACGAGGAUGGAACGUUACCAAUUCCUGAGUUGAUCAGCAAAUAUGGGUACGAAGUGGAAAGUCACACGGUAACUACGGAUGACGGCUACGAAUUGACUUUGUUUCGAAUACCGCAGCAGCAAUGCACUGAAACUACUAAGCUCCCAGUUCUAAUGACUCACGGCCUUUUGGGAAGUGCAUCCGACUUUGUCAUCAUCGGUCCCAACAAUAGUCUCGCCUACUUACUCGCCGAUAACGGCUAUGACGUAUGGUUGGCCAACGCACGGGGCACUCGCUACUCCAGGAAACAUACCACGCUUGCGAAGGAUUCCGAGCAAUACUGGGACUUUUCCUGGCAUGAAAUCGGAUAUUAUGAUCACCCUGCAAUGAUCGACUACAUUCUGAACGUCACCGAUGUCAGUAAGAUUUACUACAUUGGCUAUUCUCAGGGAACAACCUCGUACUUUGUCAUGACGUCAACAAGACCUGAGUACAACAACAAGAUAGCCCUGAUGGUGGCCCUUGCACCUUCAGCAUUUUUAAAACGAAUUCGCAGCCCUGUCUUAGUCCUACUGAUACAGUUUUUCCAGCUACUCAUGAAAUCCUUGCCCCCUCGCAUUGGUUACGCAUUUCUGCUUCAUUCUCCAUUUUAUCAUGUACUGGCGUGGUUAAUCUGUUCAAUCGAGAAAGCAGAAAAUAUUUGCCCAGAAUUCGUUUCGCUUAUCGUUGGCCCUAACCCGGAAGCUUACCAUCAGAAAGCGAUGACUGUCUACCUCGGCCAUACCCCGGCCGGUUCAUCACUGAAGCAAAUUAUCCACUACGCGCAAAUUUCCCUGAGUGGUCGUUUCCAACAGUACGACUACGGGCGCGACGAAAAUCUUCUGAGGUACGGAACGGAGAAAGCGCCCAUCUAUGAUCUUGAGCAGUCAGUGGCGCCGAUCGCGUUAUACUACGGCUUGAAUGAUUGGCUGGUGCAUCCGCGGGAUGUGCAGGAUCUGGCGAAGGCGCUUCCACAGGUGAUAACUGUCGAACAGGUGGCGGACGAGCAGUUCAACCACUUCGAUUUCAUUUUGGGGAAAAAUGUUCGAUCUGUUUUGUACGAUUCGGUGAUUAAGAUGAUCGACAAUUUCAACAAGACAUAAAUAUCAA